CCCAGGACCCUGCAUUCACUAUAUCUGGUCUCCCACAGAUCCUGCAUUCACUAUAUCUGGUCUCCCACAGUACACAGAGCAUGGAAAUGUAAUUAUUUUAGCAAAUAUAAAAUGCUAAAUACAGUACCUUUUCUCAUCAGCAGUUAGAGCAGUCUUGUGGCUUCUAUCAGUGUUCAGCCAGCACUAACUAAAGCUUUUAGGAGGAGUUUUCUUUCUGCUCUAGGAGGAUACACAAAACCCUGACCUCUAUCUGACCAGUGCUGAUUGGACCUGUGCUGAUCACUUGCACUCUCCCAAGAAAAAAAAAAACUUCUCUAGCAAUACACACCAAACUGAGUAU